GUGGUCUAUAACUUCUGUCAAAUUAGGAAAAACAAGAUGGCGAUCGUGUUUGUUGAUCAAUUUGUGAUGUUGAGUUUUUCGUAAAAAAAUGUGUUUUAUGUUUGAUAUUACGGUCUAUUUUUAUGUUCAUUAGAAAGUUAAUCAGGACUGAAACCAACACAAACGCGUCAUCAAGAUGAGCUACGAAGUGUCUGAGGGGCCAGAUCUUAUCGAUCUGGACCUGGAUUUGAGCAUGGGUCAGUUCAACACCACUCAGUCGAUCGAGGACAUGAAACUGGACAAGAACAUGGUGUGGUUGCUGCUGUCUUUACUUACCUCGAUCAUCUGGGUUGUGUACAUCACGUUCUACAAUUCACGCCUGUUCGCAUAUUUCAUCACUAAGCUGGUUAAUCGGCUGUUUGUGAGGGGGGCCUACUUUAAGAUCGGUUCGCUCAACGUAAACCCUUUGGCCGGGAAGAUUAUGUUUCGAGAUUUUGUGUAUGUCAACUACGAUUACACUGUUCGCGUUCAGGAUGGAUAUUUUAUAUUCCGGUGGUGGCGAUCGUACGUGCCAAAGGACGUAUCGGAAGACUUGUCCCACUCGGAUACGAGACUGUCCGUCAUGCUCAACGGAUACGAAUUGCAUGUGUAUAAUCGAUCGGAUUUGUAUGCGAAGCUCGAGCGAACAUUUGGGCUAAAGCCCUCCGUUCUAAUUCCGACGGAGAACAUGAGUGCAGAGGAAAUUGCACGAUUUAAAGAGCAAGCAAUGAACUACGAAAAUCAACGACAAAGUAGUGAGCAACACACGAAGUUGAAGAAACCUCGACCAGAAGCCAUGACCGCUACAACAUGGCGAGACCUGAUACCAGUAAUCAAGAUUGAUAUUUGUUCCGGCAGGUUCGUGUUCGGAAAUCGACUCACGCCUACAACGCUCUCGAUUUGUGUCGAAGAGGCUCAUUGUGUUUAUAGCACCAAACCAGCAGUGUCCAAGUUAGACCACUUCAUGCACUUUGUCAAGGCGAAGGUUGAGAAUGCGAAGGUUUUGCUGGCCCCAAGUCCAAAGUACACCGGCUUAGUUGACGAACCGCCUCGUUACAUGGGUGAAGGAUUUGUAGUUAUGAUGUCGAACAAUAUGGAAUUGUAUUUCUACAUGGACGAAGCGGGAAUUGUCCCAGAAGAACCUGUGACUUUGACUCUUGCCAACGGAGAUGUGGUAGAAGCAUCGCCUCCCGUUUGGGGAAUCGAUAUUAAAUGCGGAAAGGGGACCGAUUUCAGUUACGGUCCAUGGGCUGACCGCCAAAGGGACAACCUUUUUAAGUUCUUUUUUCCACCGGACUAUCAAGCAAUGCAGGUCACAAAACCACCAAAACCUGGCGAUCGUCGAGAAAUGCAAUCAUUUGAUGUUAAUCUAUGCACUCUCAACGAAGCGACUAUCGACAUUCUGUUUUCUAAGAACAAAGAAACAAACGCUGUUCAUGUGAACAUUGGCGCUGGGUCCUGUUUGGAGGUCACUCUACCAUGGAUAACGCUGCAAGAUGGAUUCACGACCAAAGUAACGGGACAACUGCUGCACGUCGAAGCAACUACCAGCCUACAGUACCGUAGUUUAGCCGAAUGCGAAACGCUUCAAUUCAAUGUUAAGGUCCACUAUCCGGUUCGGUGGAAUGCACACCAAGAAUGGACAAUCAACCUAACCGGAACAAAAGCGACGGCCUACAUCGUCUAUUCUCACAAAUACUUCUUCACCGAUCUAAUCGACGACUGGGCAUCAAAAGCUCGUCCCGACAUUCUCAGCUUCGUUCCCUACACUUGGAAAUUUGGAGUGAUUUUGCAGGAAUUCGAAAUCAUCACCCUCAGUAAUGAAUUCAACUGGAUCGAUUGUUCCAGCACUAACCAAGAGAACCACCAUUUGGCUUUCUGUGGAGAUCUCUUUGAUCUUAGCUUUACCCUUCCAUUCGACGAUUUCCUUCCUCUGAAAAUCCCCAUCGUAUUCUGGAUCCACGGCGAAGGUCUCGAUUUGAGCAUGUACCUGCCGGAACAGUCCAGCACCAAGCCCAUUCUCGUGGCGCUCGACAAAAACGCCCGCAUUCUGACGCGAGAUGGCAACAUCAAAAAGCGCACCGAACUGUUGGGUAAAAAAUGGCGCAAAGUUUGCCAGCGAUCGACCGGAUGGAUCGAUUGUUGGAGCGUUCCCAUUGUUGCUCUAUCCAUCAAAUACAUGUACCAUCCAAUGCCUCCGCUGGGGCCGGAUCCACAAGCGGACAUUACAACCCCGGAAAAAGAGGAAAUUCUACUCAGUCCAAUGCGAAUACCGAAGAUGCGCAAAUCUCCGGCGAUCACGUGGAACGACGCAGGGCAGCCACGGUUUGAUCCCACUAGUUUGCCACCGGAUCAGGUUACUGUUGAUGUCGAGAUUGGAUCUUCCGUAAUGCUGGCAUACGGUGCGAUUUUAAGGAACUUCAUUCACUUAAAAGAGAACAUCUUCGGCGAGGAUCAAUCCUUCACGGAUAUGGAGAAUUCAAACUCCAAAUCGAGCACGGCUGGUCGCAGCAGAGUAGCUAAAUCUACCAGUUCGAAAGAUGAUCCUAACAAAUCGGUUUCGGAAGCAAGUUGCAACGCAGAAGAAAAACCGAAACGAUUCGAUCCUAGAUUGUACCGCCCGUUGGAAGUAACCGUCAACGUAACGAUACACGAUUUGCAAGCCCACGUGAUAAAGAAUUGCAACGAAAACGAUCCUCCCUGCCCAGUGGUACUGAUUGAAAGAUUAGGAUUCGAGAUGAAGAAACGUUUUCACGAAACGGAACUCCAGGUGCUGGUGAGUCCUUCUUUUCUCAUUUCAUCGGACAGCUCCAUAAGGCCCUCGAAGGACAAGCAUCUGAAGCAAGGCCAUUUGCUCCUGUCGGCUGUCCAAGUUCGAGGACAUGCGAUGUUUAGUAAUGAAGGCCGCCAGCUAGAUGAAGAGACUCUCGAAUAUGCGUGGCUGCUGGAGGUCCAACUCGGAAAGCUGUCCGGUAAAAUGACUCUGCCUCAGUUGUGCAAUAUAGUGACGGGAUUAGAAACCUUGGCCUUUCUCACAAUGGAUUCGGAGAACGAGCUCAAAUCUCCGAAAACCGUCCGAUACUGUCAUCAUGGUAUACCCACCAACGUGUGUCCUCAUACCAAGGAAGAUGCCAAAUAUCGUUGUCCAUCCACCGAGGACAUCAAGUAUCGAAUGACCCGUGUAGCAAUCGACGCCGUCGAUCUAUAUCUAAUUGAAAACGGAACAGCAUUACAUACAUGGAUUUCACCCCUACGAAUAGCAACCUGCAAUCUUCACGGACAGCAAGUAAAAUCAGGUGUCACGGGAUUGAUUCCAACAAUUCUAUUGCGGCAAUUUGUUUCCACCGGAGGACACUUCAGCCACAGCAAUGGAAACUCACACAGCAAUACUAACACCACUGGCAGCAAUCGUUCGGCGAAAAUUCGUCACCAAAACUCUCUGAAACAUGAAUCGGAUCAAAAGGAAGACACUAAUCCACUCUACAAAAGGGUCGACGAUGGUGGCGCCAAGGCAAAGAAACUGUCCGAACAACAUCAACAGCAAGCACCACCGCAUGCUCACACCCAUCGUCGGGAUUCUAAAGAGGACCCGUAUGGGUCGUUGCCAAACCGACGGAGCCACGAUUCGGAGCAUUUCCGACGAGAGAAGGAGGAAAUUUACGCAUCGAUACAUUCCAAUAAUCGAAACAGUAACAGAGACAUUGACUCGACGGAACCGUGGCUGGAGGUGGGCUGUUUGUCGCUGGGUCCCAUAAUUAUCGAAGCGGCCUCGGCGUUACCCAUCCCGGAGCACUGUCUUCAUUUGGUGCAGCACAACUAUCUAAAGUUACACGACGAGCGGAACAAAAAGCUCUGGUUCUUAUGGGCAAACACCAGUGAUUCGAUUCGUUGUGGUUGUGUCGGAGGAUGCGCCUUUUUCGGGUCGAACAGGAAUGGAGCUCGAUUUUUCAAGCCAUCUGCUCAAGAUCUGCAAGACUUCAUCAACAUUGCCCGUUACCAUAUUCACCCCAACCCACGGGAAUAUGGCUUUGGUCAAAGUUUACUCCAUGAAGACCAGCUGGUGUUCCACACACCUCCCUACAGCAUGCAGCCGGUUUCGCUCCAGGAGUGUUAUGACUACGUUGGGAAGCCAAAUCUCCGUAGCACUCGCCACUGCACGACGGACUCCAAAUCUCCCCUGCCUCCGAAGCAUGAAGCUUUCAUGACUCAAAAGCAGUGUGAUGUUUCGCCUAAUAGUACCAUGAUCCGGAGUGGAGGUGAUAAGUCCGGAAAAUCAUCGCUAGAGCGUGUCAAGGAAAAGGACAGCGGCGGAUCCCCACUCAGUGCGGAUCGAAGUCGGGGUAGGCGGUUUUCAUAUACCAGUGCAAGACAAAACACUAUUUCGCACGAUGUACCAUACUACAGGUUACUAGAGUCCAGUCCAAAAGCCAAUAGCUCCAGGAUAUCUUCUUCCAUGCGGCAAGAUUCAGAAUCUCGUCUGCUCACGCCAAAAGCCAUCAAGAUGCAGGCUCCAAAAACCAGCGCGUCCGAUUCGCGCCUUACUAUGGAAUAUUUCCAAGGCGACGACACAGUAAGUGUCUUGGAGGAACCAACCGAACUGUCUCAGUCAGCACCUCAGCCGCAUCCUCUGGAAUCGGACUCGGAACACUCGCUUAGCCCUAAAGUGCCGCCAGAGGAUGUGAUCAUACGGGAUGUACAGCGGACAGUAUCGCUAACGUCGGAGAACCCUUCGGAAGCAUUUUUCUCUGCCGAUGAAGAUCUACACGCCUCGCGGAGUUCCAGCUUGAAGGCGGCUACCGAUCUGUCAACGGUUAUUCCAAAGAAACGAUUCGCUUCCGAUCUCAGCAUCGUUGGCCCGAACGAAAUGGAAGGAAAGCUUUCAACGCAUCGCAGUGACUACGAAAUCCACACACCGGAACAUCGUAGCCUGCCGAUGAGACCACAAUCAACCGCAGAGCUGAAUGACGAGGAACGUCGGAUUCACGGGCUCGCAACGCCUCUGCGCAAGUUUAGUAACAUAUCUCCAAGGCCCGAGUUCCGACAUUUCAAGCCGGUUUAUGACGUGGACCCACACGAUUCGUCCGAAUCGCAUUCUCUUUCUUCGAGCUCCUUCAUCUCGGCUCUCUCCUCACAAGAGGACAUCACCUUGGUUAACCUGCACAUGCAAAUCAAUCGUCCGAUCGUUGAUUCACCUCUACUGAUGGCCAGCUAUGUAACCCAUUUGGCUCAGGUGCGAUGCUCCAAUUGGUCUCAUUGCUCGCUUCCGCUAGGGGCGGAUGCAUUUUCAAUGCCGCUUUUCCAGCAGAACGAGGACGGAGGCCUCGUUUAUAUCGGGAGUAGGCUGGUCCCGCAUUUCGAUAACUAUUCCAAUUGGCGGGAGGUAAAAAUUAUAUCCCGCUACGAUGGAAGCAGUCAACAGCAAACUUCGACGUCGGGGAUGUCCACCUUGCCAAAGCCACAUCCGUGGGACCCCAGUGUAAUGGUGCGGGGCAGCUUCGAAAAGCAGGAGAGCAAAGAACAUGAAAAUGAGUUUUUGAGCUCUCAAGGAGAGACAGCCACGCGAAAUUCGGUGGUGAUACGAUUCAAGGGACAGGUCGACGUGAUGCUGACCCCCCUAUUGCUCGAGGGCUUGCAAAGAAUGAUAGAGUCACUGAUUCCAACCUUGUCCACGUUGCACCCGCUGACAAUAAUCAACGAUGUUCACGCCUCUUGCGUGCGCAAGGUUGAAGCCGUCAACAUACUGAAGCGUGAUCAAUCAUUGAGCUAUUGGUCACAAGUUCACUCGAAUUCAAAACGUUCUACAGCUGAACGUAACUUGCAAGGGCCCGGUGGGCCAGUUCUUACAGAUGUAUACGAGGAAAGCAUUUCGACCCAGCUACAAGGAUUGAUUGUGCUGCCAAAGGUCAAUGUCAGUCUGAUUCAAAGCUCCGUGAUCGAAGAAGUAAUAUCUUUUGCUGCUUUGGAUAACGUUCAAGAGCUCAGCUGUGCCUCUUUGCUUGCCGUAUGCUUUGAAGGGGUUUCAACCAGAUUUCAUUUGGGAAAAACAACAAAAGCGUCAAUGCACACUGUUUACACGCAACCCACUGUACGCACCGGAGGACUUAAGAAAAGUGGUUUAAUUCGGGGAACCAGAGCACUGUUGGCACAUCUUUCGUCUCAAUCACGUCCGGACAACAUUCCUGGUGAACCUGUGCUAUUGGAAACCUCCGAAAAACAACUGGAAGAACUCAUAAUUACGCUGGACGUUGGAAAAGCACAUGCUCAAUUAAGAAGACUGAAGAAUGACCCAGUAAUCAUGCAAGAUUCGCAAAUCGUUAUAACAGCGAUUCCUUAUCACAGGAGCCGAGCUAUGUUCGAUUGCACGAAAAUACCCGAAGAACCUACCGUAGAUGGUAAUUCUGGUAUGGGAUACAUCAUGUUCGAGUGUGGACUAGAAGGAGUUAGCGUGAAAAUUGUAAAACGCUCCCAGUUUGAAAAGUCUGAAAACGCUGAAGAAGCGUUGAAACCUACCCCGGAGCCUAACCACACUGAAGCCAAUGAAAGCAGUAUCACCGGCAACAAUCCCCUUAAUCUGGUGACGCUGUUAAACGAAGCGGGUGUGUCCGCUGAAGCACUAGCCAAAAUUGGCAUUAAGAAACCAUCCACUCCUAAGACGGGUACCCCGAAAGAUCGAACACCAAAAGACAAGACUAGUGAAACCAGAUCGCCACGCCCAGAAGAAACUGAUCAAGGAACAGAUCGUCAAGGAUCGAACGGAAUCGGCGGAGAGAGGACAAUAAUCGCUGCGAAAAAUGAUAACGGGAAAACGUCAUCAUGUGUCAUCGAUUUCAAAACGGUUUGGUUCAAUUUUGCUGCACCACCAAGAACACCUAUCACUCGUAAAAUUGACUACUCACGGUUGGACUGGAAUUUACUCAGCACUGCAUCGCCAGCCAUUACUGCUUGGAUGAACCCAAGCAACCGUUUUGCUAUCAAAAUCGUAGCGUUAAUACGGGCAAUGUACGUCAGGCGUACUGCUGUUCUGGUGGCGUUGAUGGCUGAUGCUUGGGAACGGCAAACAGUGCACCGCCCUCUUAAGAGCCGAUACCCGGGAAUGUUCACUCCGCUGGCGAAGACACUGCAGGAGGAUCCAAGCUGUUUGUUGUGUACAAUGUUGCAAAAGUACGUGCUAGAGGAAACCGUCGCAAAAAUCGAAAAUGAUCUCAAGCAGCAGUAUGUGCCGCAAUUAGGUACUCUCAGACAGGCUGUAAUCGUUCUGAGUCGCCAAUGGAAAAACGUUCUUUACAAUCCGAUGCUAUUCGAGCAUCAAUACAAAGGUAAACUGAAUAAUCCAAUCAGUGUUACCUUCGCAUUACCGCAAGAUGAGGAUGCGGAAGAUACGGAUGACAUCGACGCCGAGAACUAUCCGGUGGGUAUCAUUGAAAGCCAUCCUUUGAUGGAUGAGGAGAACGAACGCACAAUGCUGCUGGGCCAAAGCGUUCAGGCUCAUCCACACUCGAUGGCAGCAGGAGGUUCCCAGCUACAUCAUGUUAUCAAAAUGCCAGAGGAACCGGUACAGAUCCACGUAACUAAGCUAGGAGACUCCCUUAACACCUCUCCCAGUACUAACAACUCGAACAAACUGCGGAAAAAAUCAUCGGUAAAGAGUUUUAUUCCUCCGGCAGCACCGUCGUCGCGUUCUAGCAUGCAAAUGUUCCCGAUCAUUUUCGAUAAGCAUGAUCCCCAGAUUGAGUAUGGCGCCCUGAAGGAGGGCUCCUUGCCCUCGGUGUGCAGCUCGUCGGACUCGAUGGACAAACCAUGGACCCCGCCGCCCAAUCAGAAGGAAGAUCUCUAUUCUUGGAUGGCCAAACAGCAGAAUGGGAACUCUAAGAACAAUCGCGAUAAGAAUAAACAAGAGACUGCUCGCCAAACAUCAAAAAAUCGGCCAGAGAUUCACUCAAUAAAGUAUAUGAAUGAAAAUAACCGCAUUCUUGAUGCGCACCUGAUUUUCGAGCCAAUGCUCACCUGUCUGGGAGUGAUGCCGCAACAGAUGAUCAACAAUGUAUCCAACACUGAUGUCUCCUCGUUGGACAGCCUUGGUACAAAUUUAUCGUUGGUGUGCUCGUUCGAUACAAUGCGUAUAGACAUCGUGGUUAGUGAGGCGGGUGACGCGAAGAAACCGAAACCUAAAAUGAGCAAAAAAGGUAACGGUAAGUUCUCCCUCAUAAUGCCAACUGAGCAACCAGCAUUCCUAUGCGAACACGUCGGAGUGGAACUGGAACUACUGAAGAUGACCGAUGGAUUUUCUGAUGAUGCGAAACAGCACAUGCUGUACGUAUCGAGAGGACAACUUAAGAAGCACACCAGCACGGUGAUCAACUUCAGCUUGAAUGUUCGCUACCUGUCGCAACAAGUAAACAUGCCUUUGCUGAGACUAUUACAUCAGAUUACCAACAUGUAUCAGAACGUCAAGGAUGCUCAGAACGAGUUACGAGAUCAUCCUGAGCACGGAAAGCGGAGUGUACCUUUGAAAGACGAAUCUAGUUUGGCAUCGGAGAUGAACGACCCAACAUUAAUGGGAUCGCUGAACGAACCGCUUAUGUCGCACAUUGACAAUACCAUUUUCGACUACGCGGACGAGCGCUAUGACAAAUUCAACGAAGACAUUCCAAUCCGCCACGAGUUGCGCCAUUCUGUGAGCCGUUCUAAAAUGCCUAGCCUUGGUCCGUUGAUUCCGCUAACGCCAUCACCGAGCUCUCGAAAUCGGCCACAUAGUUUUGCUCAGAAGCUUCGAAGUACCGGUAAGUCCGUCAAGGGCAAGCUGGGGUACACGAACCUGAAUGAAACGAUACAGACGCCGAUCAAAGCUAGUCCAACCGCGUUGACUUUUGCCGAUGCAUUGUCGAGAAAUUCAUUGGAAGCGAAGAAUUCGUUAACCGGUGGUUUGUCCAGCACGUAUGGGGGGCCCAAUGUUAAUGAAGCUUUUGUAGAUAUUACUGCUCCAUUCGAUCGUUCUACAUUUACGGGACCGAUCCAUAGCAUGCUGGACACACCGAAAUGCUGGAAGACAAUCUAUCACUUGUUGGAUCUGUACUCUGCGAUGCCAGAAACCAAAACUAUUUCCCAUCGUGUAUCGCUUUCACCGGAUGCUGCCGGCCAAUUCAAGGCGCGAAAGUAUAACAUUCUACCAGAUAUUAAAACUGCCGGCAACCGAAACGAUGAGGACGAUGUUGGAUCGGGAACUCCGUUACCUAAAGAUGUCGGUAUGGUAGCGCAAGAGCGUACCAGGCUGGUGGUGUUUGGAGUGGCGAAAAUCCAUCGAACUCGCUUGCUUGCGACUCUCAGCGGACUGAAGUUGGAAGCAGAAAUAACUGCACUACACUGCAGCACCACGUGGCGCAAAAAGUCUCGGCCAGCGUCCUUGGAAUGCUCGUUGACAGGGCAGGUUGGACGUGCCAUGAUUGUACUGUUGGAGGGACUUCCUCCCAAUCAGCAGACCGUCGUAAAAGUCACCAUCGGUAAAAGCCAAACCUUAUAUUCGAGCAUAACUCGCAAAGGGAAGGAUAAAAACAAUGGGCUGCUCUCGAUCGGCAUAGUCAACAUAGACAUUCCGCAGCACCCAGUCGCUUUGCACGGCAUGAUGACCAGGGGUUCCAAGCAAAUUUCAUCAACGUUGCAGGAAUUGCGCGUUACUAGAACUUCCGGUAGAAUGACUCGCCAGAAUGAAGAACCUGAAUCUCCGUUAAAUAAUCAGCGGGAAGCCCGCGACAAAGUCCCAACGGCUCGGAAACAAAGUACGACAACGUCUAAAGUGGCUGCUAAUAAUCCAAACGGCCUUCUGCAACCGCUGGUAAUGCAAUUCAACGUCAUCCUACAAAGCUUGUCGGUGACAGCCGCGCUGCUUCCUUCGCUGCAAGCUCAGUACAAGAUGGAUCAUGUAACAUCAACGGGCGUUACGGGCAGUAAAGCAAAAUUCACCGUAGAUCUUCCGAACCAUACUCUGAGUUUCACGACCAAAGCUCAAGCAACGGAGACCAAUUUACCGUCAGAGGCGUGUAUCGCUUUACCACCAGUACAUGUGAGCGCCGAGUAUGUUCCCGAAAGCUCAUCAGAGGAAGCUCCAAUUGAUGGAGUUGUGCUGCGUCAAGGGGGUUAUCUGGCUGCAUCGGCUGAAAUAGGAGUAUUCGAGCGAUGUCUUUCGACCGAUUUGCUCAAUCACUUGGUGUUCGUACAGAAGGUUUUCAUGAAGGAAGUAAACGAAGUGGUUCAAAAAGUGUACGGUGGAGAGAAACCUGUUCCCAUUUGGUUGGAGGACGGUGAAGAUAACGGAGCACAGCACAUCAAAAGAUUGUUAUUUUCGUUGAAUAUACGGGUGAAAAGGAUUCAGCUAACGGCUACAACGCCAUGUAAUUCUGCAGUUCGGUUCGAAACAGGCCAACUGGAUUUGCACUUAUCGAACCGUGUUAAGAAUUUGGCAGAAGGGGCUAAUACCAAAUUGUUUGGUAAGGCACAAAUCGAUCUCAAUCUGUCUUUAGGACAAAUUAUUAAAAAUGUUAUAUUCGAUGAAGCUGAACCUGAAUUUCAGCAAUAUGCAUUCUUUAAUACGACAAUUGGUCUCCGGAAUGCAUUCCAAGACGAAAUGGUGAAUGACGAUAAAGAACUGGUGUUGAUCACACUGAAACGACCUUUGAUAUACGUGCAACCAAUCGCCGUAGACAAAGCCAUACUAGUUUGGUUGAAUUACAAAAAUGCCUAUGAAUACUGGACAGAGAAGCGAGCUAACCUGAACAAAGAAGUUUUAAUGGCUACCCAGCAAGUUUUCGAAAAAGUACCGUUUGAGAAGUUAAGUCAACAUUUGGCCACUGCGAACUUGUCUACGCUUUUCCUACAAUUAACGGUCGAAGAUAUGGGAAUCUGCUUACCACUAAAUCAGCCUCCUCAACACUGGGGUAACCGAUCGGUUAAUGACUUCGAACAAAAAAGAGCAGUAGUCAUAACGCUCGAGAAUACAAUUAUUUCUGCCUGUAGCUGCGGUUCCCUUGUUUCCAAGGGAAGGUUCGUUGGGCUAUGUUUGCGAUUUGCAGAGGACUUCGAUUCCUCUCUGGAUGACUGGAAACCAAACAUGAACGAUUCAAACAUUAUGAAUCUGUGUGUAGUUUCUGACGGGACAUAUGAAGUGUGCUCCCGUACGAUCGCAGCCAAGCAUCCGGACAACGCCAAAUGGUUCUUAAAUGUGACAUGGCAGAUGGAAGGGGUAGACAUUCAUCUAGACGUCAAUAUCGGCAAACAACUCUCCGCAUUAGGUCACACCCUUACCAUGUUAACCGGAUCGGAAGACGAAGAUCCAAUCUCCUCCGAUACUCCGGAUAGUGACGACGCUGACCAGUCAGAAGAAAACCGAGCCUCGCAGGAGUAUCCCGGUGGGAAGGGACGUAAAUCGAUUGAUUCGCUGCCGCAGUUUCUGUUCGAUACAACUUUGGAUCCCAAAAAGCGAUCCAUGAUGAUGGAGAACGAGAUUGCAGAGCAAACGAAAACAGUGAACGAUCUGCGUUCGCUCGGUGCUUCAUCGAAAACGAUUGAGAACGAGGAGAGGCGACUGCAAGGGCUGCAAGCCAUUUGCUAUAAGUACUUCCGAAGGGAUAUGUUACAGAAAUGGAAACGACCGACGAUCAGAAAAACAAUGCUAAAAGCCACGAAUCGGUCGCGAUCAUUCAUAGCUCCAUCCCCCACGAGGGAAGAUCUCAUAGAACAAGGCGAGGGUUCCACAAGUAUUGAAGUAACGGGCAAUGACGGCCUGCUUAACAGCUUACAAGAAUCACCAAAUCCAGGUCCAUCGCGAACCGCAUCUCUGAAGGUAAAAAUUCCACAAGCCAAUCGUGUUACGUUUACCGAAGCCAUGCGCCAAUCGUCACUUCCGAGUGCAGAUUCCGAAACGGGUUAUUCCGACUCUGGCUUUGAUUGGCCGCGAUGUGAUGGAUCAUUGACUACAUUGGACACUCCAGAUCUUUUAGAAAUUGAUGGCGAGCAAGUUGAAUUGCGGAAAAAGAGUCCUAAUCAUCCCCAAAAGCAGCAGGAGCCAAACAUUGACUUCGAGCUGGACAUCAAGGUGCUUGUAAAGUCUGGCAAAUGUGUGCUGCACACAAAAGACCUGACAGAUGACAAAAUGUCGACAAGUGUGAGCAGCACCAUAAAACACCACAAACGAGAACGAAGCAUUGGUACAGAUUGGGGUAGCCCGGUUCCUCCAAGGAGAAGUAAAGAGAAAGCCCGACUAAAAUACUCGCCGCACACAGCCUUAGUUGAUCUAACUAUUUUCCACAUUCCUGGACUGGAUGUCAAAUUGCAGUACCAAUCACGUAUUAUCGAUGACGAUGCUUCACCAAGGCUGAGCACUGGUGAUCCAUUCGCAGCUACUCGAAAACAUGGCUUGAAGCGAGCAACUCUUUUCGCUUGGAUGACACUUCAAAGCAUCCCGGAAGAAACUAUCAUCUCUCCGCACAUUCUUGAGUUCCUAGAGCAAACACUCGAACCGAUUCCAUCGAAGGCGAUAUCAGUCCCAUCUAAUCCGGUCAACUUACAAAUGCUCGAAAACAACUAUGCCGUGUAUGCCAGUUUUCCGGUCGACGUAGUGGUUUACUUCCAUAUGCAACCUUCGACAUUCCGUUUCUCUUGCUUACCGAUAUCGCGAGUGGAGUGUAUGCUCCAACUGCCCAGCUUGGAUAUCAUAUUUAGCUCUAAUCGACAAGAUGAUGUGCCCUCCAAUAUUGGCCUGAGUGAAAGUGAUGCCAAGUCGGCGGGAGGGCUUAGUGUCACCGGUUGUUUAGCGGAUUUUAACGUUUACAUAUUCCACCCUUACGGAGGCAAGAAGACAAACCUCAAGGAAUCCCAUCAGUUCAGCCCGCUUGCAGACAGUGAACGGAAAGACUCGCUCAGCAUAAAUGUGGAAUUUGUCAAAUUUCACAUCACACGGUCGAAGAAGAUCAAUUACGAGACGGGUCUGAGUCGGAAAAUGUCGGACCAGUCCAAAGCCGUGAUACGAUUCUCCACCAUUGUGGACAUCGGAUCAGCGUCGUUUAAAUACGACAUGCGAAGACUGACGGAGAUUCUAGCCUUUCCCAAGGCGUGGUAUCGGCGAAGCAUUGUGAGGAGAAUGUUCCUCGGUGAUUUGAGCAUACCGCAGGUCAGUAUGUGUGAUUUGGAAAGUGUUUCGGAAGGUAGCAGCAUGCGAGCGGGUACCGAUACGGAACUUCCUCAGGAUAAUCCUGAAACGUUGAGCCGUGAUAAAAUGAAGCUAAGCUUGGAGGAUGACUUGCCGAAACACAGUGUAGGCAGCAGCAGUUCUACAUGUACUACAGCAAAAUUAAAAGAUCGCAAGUCGUCCAGUAUGGAUUCGAAUACUUCUCCCUCGGAUGUUAAUCAGGUUACGUCGUGGGAAACUUUGGUGCUAUUUGCUGUUAAUUUUACUAAGUUAAAUGUUCAGAUGAACAUGGGUAACGUUAUGGGGAAUAUUGUGUGGCUCACAAAGGCCUUCCGGAGCGAUGGACGGCUGAGUAUUGGCAGUACAGGUCACAAAAACAUGUACAUUGGAGUUGGUUUGGGAGGAUCGUCGUUGGAUGCGAAAGGAGGUAUCGUUGGUGGUACGAUCGAACUGAGUAAAAUUGAUACUUUUAUCCAUAUUCGAGAAGAUCCGGGUUGUGAACCAGAUCAUAAGGUUGGUAUCAAGCUACUUGCGCUGGAGCUCAAAUUUGACUACAUGGGAACAAGUGUUUUAAUGACUAGAAUCAGUUCACUCAGUGCACAACUGAGAGAUCAGUGGAAAUUCUCAAAGGAUCAUGACUUUAGUAACACUCUUCCUACCAAUUAUCCUGCAAUAAUUUUAAUUCAUGGCGAUCUCUCAUGGGAUCAACUACAAAUGAUGAUCUCAAAGUCCACAACUGCAGAUAUUUUAAAAAUGUUUUACAAGCUAGAGGAGUUUUUCUCGCAGCAAUUCAAAUCUUCUAAACGUGUUUUCUCGAAUCUCGAACCACGUCUUACCGUAAACAACCGUUCAAGUGUUCGCCGCAAGGAGUCUACCAAAAAGAAUCUAACUGUGCUACAGACAGCUGCAGAGCGAGAGAUAAGUCAUCAUGAUGCACGUCACCACCGCCACUGGCAAAGGCCUCUCAAGCAAACCAAGGGUCUAUGGCUGUCUACUCUUGGAGUACCUCUUUCCAAUAUAGGAACCGUACUCGGUGGUACCAUGGAGCUCCAUGGUAAAAACAUCUCUUUAGCUUGCUUCCACGGUGUAAAUUUCAAAUCAAAAUCGUGGGCGUUGUUCAGCUUGAAGGAACCUUGCAUUAAUUUCGCUACGGAAGCACAGCACGUUGAAUGUUCCGAAGAAGUGCAUAUCAUUCAAACACUAACGUUCGGACUGGGCAUGAACUCCCAGCAACCGCCGCAACAUCACUCGAAUGCAACCGUGGUUCGAAUGUCGAGGAACGUGAUUUUUCCGCCGCAGUUUAAAACACUGCACGAGUGGUUCCACUACGCUUUCGCCAACAGUGAGAUUGAUGCGGUUGAUCGUUUCCCGGUGCUGGAACGAGACAAGGAACAUCAUACGAAUUCGAUCGAGCGUGCUCGUGGAGGUGGAGGUACAUCUUCCCAUCCCAAGCUUCAGGAUCCAAAUCACAACCGGGAGGUGAUUUUUGCCCUUCCUAGUCUGCAGCUCCAUUUCAAAACGGAACAUCUGCAAGGAAUUAGCACUCCGGAGGCAUGUCAAGAGAAGCCGCUGGUCGAGUGUAGUUUCAUCACUGAAUUUGAGGAUCACAUUUUUGUGACCGUUGACGCGGAUGCAUUUUUCUUCCUUCACGACUUGAUCACAUCCUAUUUGAAGGAGAAAGAAAAAGUGCUCGGUACAAUAACCAGCGCACGUGCAGCGUCACCCAGUCCUCAACCGACAACUCCAUCACCAUCGCCCACACCGGAAGUAUCAUCUCUGAAACCCGUCAAGAGUGCUUGUCAGUUGGGAGCUUCUUCAAUGCAUGAUCUCUCGUCGUCAUCCGGUUCUUCGGUUGCCAAUGGGAGCGCAGUGAAUUUGAAUGAUAUCGGUGCGUCAGGUUCGAGCAAUCGAGCCGCUUCGGAGGAAAAACAAUCCAACUCGAAAAAUGUGCAUAUCAAAGUGGAUAAGGCUGAAAACGAGGUGACAAUUAGAACCGAUUGGAGACACUUCAAUUGCAAAACAUGGCAUCUGGAGCCAACAGUAAGACUGUUAUCGUGGGCAGGUAAAUCAAUUGAACCGUAUGGAAUCGAUUACAUUCUGAAUAAGUUGGGAUUCAGUCACGCGCGAACUACCAUACCAAAAUGGCUGCAGAGGGGGGUAAUGGAUCCUUUGGAUAAGGUUGAGGCUAUGCUUAUGCUACAAUUAUUGCUCAUGGCGAGGGAAAACGACACAGACGGGAAAGAUCAGGAGAAAUAAAUUCCGGGUGAGGUAAGACUUUAAAUUUAUCUAACACAGUUACAUAAUGAUAAUCAUACAGCAUUGAAAUAGUGAAAACAAUACGCAAAAACAAUGGUAAUCAAUAUCUUCAGUGUAGGAACAUAAUUGUUCAGUGGUACAACUUUCCUAGUCCGUGCUUUAAGCAGCAUCGCAAUAUGUAGAGCAGUUGUGUAUGCAACUGCACAGCUUUCUGUGUUCUCAAAGUUAUCUGAAUGUAACCACAAGAAAAAUCUUAUUCUUCAUGUUCGAAUAAAACAAUAGUCAUCAAUAAUGCA